CUCGUGGUGUCUGUGUGUCGUACCCUUUGAAUUUGGGAGCCAUCACUGUUUUCUUUAAAAAUUAAGACUAAAAUCGUUCUUCAAAAUGCCAUCAAUUGACGAAACUGCUGACAGUGAGACGGAAGAUAUGGAUCACGAGCAGUCAACACCCGACAGUGAAAAAACAAGUGACGACACUGACAGCAGCUCUGCCGUAUCGGACGAAGAUGAGGAAGACAGUUCUGAUAUGGAUGAGGAGGACUGCGACAGAAGACGAACUGAAUGCCUCGAUGAUAUGACUGAUUUAGAAAGACAGUUCACAGAUCUUAAAGAACAGUUAUGCCAUGAAAGAGUAUGCCAACUGGAUGCCAAACUUGUUGAAGUGAAGCUUGGUCAUGCAGAGGAAUACCUCAGUCCUUUAGAGCAGUUACAACAGAAUGCACAGAUUCGCACCCAAGUAGCAGGUGUACUACGCCAGUUAAAACAAACGAAUAUUAGAAAUAAAUACGAGUGCGAAGAAAAAGCUGCAAAAGAAAAUUAUGAUAGUGAUAAAGUAAUAUUAUUUGACCAGAUGAGAAGUGAAAUUGAAGAAAAAAUUCGCAGACUAGAGGAAGACAGGCAUAAUUUAGAUUUAACAUCAGACUUCUGGAAUGAUACGCAAGUAGUAAAGAAGAGUAGAAGAAAAUCUGAUACUAUGAUGGGAGAGAAAAAAAAGAAACCAGUUUCAGUCUCAGGUCCAUAUAUUGUAUACUUGCUGAGAGAUAUAGAUAUUUUAGAAGACUGGACAGCAAUUAGAAAGGCAAGGGGAGUAGCUGCCAGGCGGAAAACUGAACAUGUGUACAGAACUGAGAAGAAUCCUUACAAUGCACGGUAUGAAGACGGAAAAUUAUUUUAUGAAGGAGAUUGGUAUCAAAAAGGAAGUAAAAUAGUCAUAGAAAACAAAGACGAUUCGCCACUUUUUGCUGCAGUUACAGCCAUCAAUACUGGGGAAGUCUGGGUAAAACGCAACGAUGGAAGCAAAUCAAAAUUAUAUAUAGCACAGUUACAGAAAGGCAAAUACACUAUCCGACCCACAUAGUUUUACUGAAACCCUAUAAAAGAUUUAUUUAAAAUGUUGCAAAAGAGGCAUCUAUUCGUACACUAAUCUAAAGAGGAUUAUUUAUUUGAAAAAAAAUGAUUAAUUACCGGUAGUCAUUUCUGUCAAACGUAAAAGUAAGCAGGUGCGUGUAUUGAAAUUCACUCAAGUACGUUUUGUCCCUCUGACCUUUGUCUUAUUAUUUGGAGAUAUUUUCAUGAAAAAUAAAAAAUUUUACAAUUAUAUGCAAUGUUUUCAUAAUGAAAAUGAUGAUAAAAUGAAUGGCCAAAGUAAAUUAUCUUUUUUAGUUUUGACCUUUGUUGAAUAGGAAUGUGAACUUCUCCCAAAUUAAUUAAUUAAUUGCUUUAAUUAUCAGGUUAUCUUGGGAUUCCUUUGAGCACAUUGCUUAGCUAUGAAUACUUCAGUUUUAGAGGUAUAGCUUUACUUUAUCUUUCAAAGACUUUGCAAACAACUAGCAGUGUUGUUUGUUUGCCUCACUGCCAUAUCGUGUCGCAGUCUGUACGAGUCUGCUGCCAUAUCGUGUCGCAGUCUGUACGAGUCUGCUGCCAUAUCGUGUCGCAGUCUGUACGAGUCUGCUGCCAUAUCGUGUCGCAGUCUGUACGAGUCUGCUGCCAUAUUUCAUAUUUACAAGUACAGCUAGUACCUACAUUGUUUUGUACUCAUAGCAUGCAAUCCCGAGUGAUGUGAUUUGUAGCACAUACUUGCCGUGGUUAGAAAUGGUUGUUGAUUUAUUAUGAUUUUAAUAAUCUUUGUGUGACCAAUGUUUUUCCAGCGAUCAUGUAAUAAUACCGAUAAAUGAAAUAAUUAAUGAGAAACCCCAAAAUAAGACAAGUUAAAUAAUUUUAAUCCUUCCAUGUUAACAGCAGUGUUGCAAAUCCUGCAUUUACGUUAGGGUGAUGACAUGUUACCUCUUAAUCAUUUGCUUUUGGUAGUGAGGGCGGUAAGGCUGUCCUGGCCUUUGUGUUGGAGGUAUUCCAUUGUGAGCAGUUUACUUUGUUGAAACCUGCCUCUGAUUAUUCAGAUAGUGCUUUACAUUCAUUGCUUAGUAUUGGAUUGGUUGACAUUGUCUCUCAGGAAAUAUGUUUGGUAUAUAGUUCAUGUAUGAAUAGUUGUGAGCCCAAAGUCAGUGCAUUAAAAACCAUAGAUUAGAGGAUUAUUGUGAGGAUGCACAAACUAUCAUGGGCACUAAUUAUGCAACACAAGGAAAUUGAAUGAAAAUAUUGGUGAAUCAUUUUUUUCCAUAUGAAUCUGUACAUUUAAAAUGGACACUGUUUUUCUAAUUACUUUUUGUCAGAGCUGCUGAAAAUUAUCUUUAUCAAACUCAGUCUGCUUCUGCUAUGGACUGUCUGUAUCAACAAAGUGACUUUGAGUAAUUUAUGUCAAUGUGUAAAUUUACAUAUUGCCCUUCUGUAUCCUCUCCCAAAUGACUUUUUGUAAUAAAAUCACAAAACAUGUAUAUUAUA